AUGGAAGCGAUGAGCGCGGAGCUGGAGGCGCUGGGCGGCGGCGACGCCAGGCUGGCGGACGCCCACGUCUGCUGCCUCUGCGCGCCUCCGCCCGACGGCGUGACUCCCACGGUGGUGCGCAGGAACGGCAAGGUUGUGGUGACGGACUGCCGGGCGCCGGGGGCCGAGGACCGCGGCCCACGCAGGUACUCGAUCCCCAACUUCUUGGAGGCGGGGUCCGAUGGGCGGGAUGUCUCGAGGUGCCUGGGCCAGAACGUUAUGGCGUGGCUCCUGGAAGGCUUCAACGCAACCAUUGUCGCCUUCGGUCAGUCCGGAACGGGCAAGACCCGGGCGCUGCUGGGAAGCCCCAACAGCCUGUUGGCAUGGAUCCUCCAGAGCCUCUUUCGAAGGGCAUCAGUUGGGGAGAGCAUGACCAUCGCCCUUUCGCUGUGGGAGGUGUUUCGCGACCAGGUGGUGGAUCUCAUUGGGGAGGAUCAAUGGAGCGGGAGGCAGGUCCCAUGCGCGGGGACGGGCAGUUGGCCACCGUCCAUCCCGCUGGGAGCGGCGGGAUUCAAGUCGGUGCUCGUCAACAGCUUCGAGGAAGCGCUGCGUGUCAUUCUGAUGACGAGGAUCCGCAGCAGGAACUGGAGGUGGGAGGCGAGGGAAAGCCGCUGGGUCGGGCUACUGAACCGCAGCCACGCAUUCGUUCGGGUGUCCAUUUUCGGCGAGGCGUCUGGCAGGCUCAGUGUGCUGCAUUUGGUGGACCUGGCUGGGAGCAGGAGUUUGAGCGCACAGGGGCCUUCAGCAUGUUACUCGUAUCCCGAUACCCUUGGCGAAGAAGAAAGAGAGAAGAGGCUGCUCAGUAAGCAGUUCCUGGCGAUCAAUAGGAUAAUAUCAAGCUUGUCCCAGAAAGACAGCAAUCGCUCCGCGGACUACAUGGUGUCCGGGAGAGAGUUCAACAUCACUCGAAUGCUUGCUCCCAUUCUGGCGGGAAACUCCAAGGUUUACCUUUUGGCGACGGUUUCUUCAGAUCCAGAACAUUUCCUAGACACGGUGAACACACUGCGGAUUGCAACACGCGCGCAGUCCAUCAAGGUAGGAGGGCAGAGGACCUUGCAAAUGGGAGAGACCUAA